AUGCUGUCUGGCCAGAUGACACUGGCGGCUUCACAGCCUCCGUACUGGCGUUCUUCCAAGGCAGAUGAAUAUAGGGAGCUGAAUCUGCUUGGAAAAGGAGCCUACGGAGUUGUGUACCAUGUUACUCAUACUCCAACAAUGACAGAGUAUGCACUAAAGAAAAUAGUUGUGGGCGUCAAUGAUGAUGGAGUUCCACAGAGUGUUCUACGAGAAAUUUCCAGCAUGAUGUCGCUGCGAAGACUUCAUCACAAAAACAUCACACAACUGCACGAUGUUUUCCACACACUUGAGAACAACGGUUGCGACCUCCAUAUCAAUAUGGUGGUGGAAAAGUGCGAUUGGGACUUGUACUCGUUCUUAAAGGACAUUCCUCGUGACAUGCCCGACCAUCAGUGCAGGCUGAUAGCAAGACAGAUCUUUGAGGGUGUUGACUUUCUGCACAGCAAUAAUAUCGUUCACCGUGAUUUGAAACCACAAAACAUUCUCAUUAAUCGAGAUCAAACGGUAAAGAUUGCUGAUUUUGGUUUGUCUAGAACUUAUACAACACAGAGCUGCUUUACAACAGUUGUUGUCACCUUGUGGUAUAGAAGCCCAGAGUUGCUUUUGCAAUGCAGUUAUAACACUGCUGUUGACAUAUGGGCUAUUGGUUGCAUUGUUAGCGAACUCUAUCAAAGAAUACCGCUAUUCCCUGGGCAAACAGAAGCACAGCAGCUCAGCAUUAUCUUUCAGAAAAUGGGAACGCCCAGAGCGUCACUUUGGCCCCAUGAUGCAAUAGUCGCACGGUCAAAUUACCCAUCCUAUCCACCUCAGCCUCUGGAAAAGCUGAAUCCGCGUUUGCCUUCGGAUGCUAUACCUGUCAUUAGUGGGUGUUUAACGUUUUCGACGGAGCAACGUCUUACGGCUCGCGAAGCUCUGCGUAUGCCAUAUUUUAGCAAGGAAGUUGAGACUUCAAAACGUAGAAGUAACUGAUUCAUUUGUUUGUUUGUUUUUUGUUUUGUUUGGGUUUUUCUGUUCUACUUGUUCAACUGCACAUCCUGCCGAAAUUGAUUCACUUUUAAACUAUCUCCCAAUAUGUGCCUAAAGUACCGUACAAAAGGUGGCUUUCUUGCAUUGUGUCUUUAUUCACUUCAAGCUCAACAUCGUAACUCUAACUCCAUUACGAUUCGCUUUCUUAUAAGCUUUCAUUCCCUAAGCAUCUCAUUUCGGCAUGACAUUCCACGACUUUAUCUGCAUGCCUCAGCAUUUGAUUUUUUCCAUCAUUCCCUACGUAGUAAAUUGCGCGGACUUUGUUUGUAAAAACUGCAAUAAAACCUUUAAAUUACUCAUUUCUUGG